AUGAUGAUCGACUGUUCUUCGGGCACUAUACCGCAGAUGUGUUUAAAGUGCAGAAAACGAUCGCCGCUACUACCCGCCUCAUUGGCAUCAGCCUCACGGACCACUAGUCUCAUAGUACAAAGGCCUUACACGGUCCAAUUCAUAAUCGGGACUUUAGAAUCUCCAGAGAACAUACCCCGCCCGUCCGUUUAUAUGCCGUCCACCCUUGCCACGCGAUCGUCCUAUCUCCGCCGCCGGAUCCAUCCUCCAUACAAGGGCGAAAAGAUUACAAAAGUAGUGCUCGUAGAGGCCUACUACGACGCUCUCGUGCUGUACAAAUCCUGGCUUCAACAUGGCGUGGUACCGAAAUUUCGACGCUCCUCGCAUACACCGAUCCCCACACUUGAAGGCACAUUGCUAUGGUCUGAAUGCUUUGACCUCGUGCGCGCACACGUCAUGGGCACACGCUUCGAGCAUGGCGAGUUCUCGGACUACGUGAUGGACGAGUUGGUGCGAUGGCUCGAUCCAACGCAGGAACCAAAUAUAGAAGCACUGGACUUUGUGUUUCGAGAAAAUGGCGUGAGCGAGGAGCUGCAACGUUUCGUCGUAGACAGGAUGUUCGCGGUAGAAGAGCAUAUACGCAAGAUCUUUCUAUCGUUCUUGGAGAGAAAGUUAAAAGGAAAACUUGGAAUUGCCAGACAGGCGAGGCUGUCGGAGUAUCAUGUUGGAGACAAUGAUGCUGAUUGCGAAGAUUCGCAGAAUUCAGAAACCGAGGACGAUGACAGCACUGCAGAAUUCUCAAGUGAAGACGAGAGAGCGAGUUUUGGUAGGCAUCAGGUGGCUAUGCCAAAUCGAUCACCCACACCGCCUAUGCCGCCGAACCGCUCCCUUUCUACGCGACACGCCCUUCGAGAAUUUCACCGUGAAUAUGAUCCGAUCUCUACCGCUAUACGUGAACCGCGCUCUCCUUAUCUUAUGCGCAGCUACUCUUCGUUCCAACGUCCCGUGCCGUUUCCUCCAGCCGAAUAUCUCGCUAGCGCUAAGAAUGACGCCGUCGUGCGCAGAUACGACGUGCGAAGGAAGCCACUACCCAGCUUACCCAUGUCCUUUAAAGAUGAUAGUCAUCCAAUUGUGAGACAUGGGAGUUUACCCACGUUGAGACCUGCAAUUGUGGUCAGCAUGGAUGGGGAGAACGAGAAGAGACUCGUAUCGAGAACGAAGGGGAAACAUCCAUCAGGCGAGGCGACAGAAUUGGAGGGGCGCACCGUGACGCCGGAGGAGCUACUAGAAUCGACCCCGAGGGCAGAUAGCCCAUCUUAUGAAGAAUGA